AUGCGAAUAAUGCGUUCUGUGCUGUUCGGUGCAAUUUUCGAAUUUUUUAUUUUCGGUUGCUGGUCGCUGAAAAACACGCGCAUAAUCGUACCGGAGGCGGUACGCAUCGACGAUGACGUCACGUUGACCUGCCAAUACGAUCUGGAAUCGGCCCAGCUCUAUUCGAUAAAAUGGUACCGGAACGACGAGGAGUUCUAUCGGUUUGUGCCCAAAGAGGCUCCACCAGCUCAACAAUUCAACGUCCAAUAUGUCAACGUUAACUUGACAGCUUCCGAUUCGAGCCGAGUGACGUUGACGUCUGUCAAACGCGCCACUUCCGGCCAGUACAAGUGCGAAGUGAGCGCCGACGCGCCGCUUUUUCACACCGAAAUCGAGACGGCGGCGCUUCUGGUGGCGGAAGUGCCGCUCGACGGGCCCGUCCUCAAAAUCGACGUCCACAAAUUGGCGCCGGGCGCCCAUUUGCGCGCCAAUUGCACCACCCCCGGCUCCCACCCCCCCAUGAACGUCACUUGGUCAAUCAACGAUCGCCCGAUCCGAAACGGCGUCGAUUCCUAUCGGGCAUCGAUCGAUAAAUCGAUCUAUCGAUUCGAUUCGUUGCCCGGCUUGGACACCGUCCGUUCCACCAUCCAUCUCAAAACCGCCCCCGAUUCGUUCCACAACGGCAAAUUGACGUUGCGAUGCACCGCCAACUUGUUCGAUUUGUACGAAUCCUCCAAGGAGAUCGACGUCCUGGAGGACGCCCCCCAACUGGCCCUCGUCAUCGACGGUUCCAACGAUCAAAGAAACCACGGUUUUCGGGAGGGAAAUUCGGUCGUGGGAGCGAUGGGGAUGUUGCUGUUGUUGGUCGUGUUAGGGUGAAUUUAAGGGGGUGAAAGUGGGGCGAUAAUUCGUAGGACUGAUUUAUAGUUGGCGGUGGAAAUGGAGGAAAUUGAGAAAUGAAUAGAAUAAAUAUGAACAUUUUGUCGUGUUUUAAUUGUGAUUUAAAUGUGAUUAAUUGUUAACCGAAUAAUCAAAUGUGGCGCAAUAAAAGAAAUUGUUUACCCUAUCUGUAAUCCCUCCCAGUUCCCGCGAGUAUCUAUAAGUGCAGUGUUAUCAUUUUGUUGAUUAAUGGAGGAUAAAAUGUUGAUAUUAGAAUAUGUAAAUUAGUUGAAUAAAU